AAAAAUCCCUUUUUAAGCUCAUCUUCAAGUUCCAUUGGAAAAUCUUCCUCAACAAUUACCCUCUCCUUCCCGGCCACUUCCGAUUGCACAACAUCUGGUUUAAUGUCCCCUCUGUCUUUUAACGGGGAUAGACGUCCAAACGAUUUGUCUAGUACAGUUUACGAUGACGACGACGAUUUGUUUAGUUCUCGACUAGCGUCUACUAGCGAUGUUGGGGCUACUUUGCCUUUAAAUAUUGUAAAUCCUUGUUAUCAAUCUCCUUUGUUUUUACUUUGAUACUUUUGGAGACUCUCCAACGGCAACAACAACCUUAAAUAAUGUACG